AUGGACACGAUUGCGGAUAACUGUCCACAAGUGCGGUGUCUUUCGAUGAGUGAUGUCUACUGUAUAUCAGCGGCCAAUGAGUGGACACAAUGUGUGCGAAAUUUGGGCAAAAAAUUGCGGUUAAAGUCGUUGUCUAUAAACGGUGUGCACGUGUUGGCCCACAAUUGCGGCUAUUUUUACCACUCCUACAUUUAUCAUAACGGUUCGCGACAAAAAGGUCCCAUGAGUUUGGCACCGGUCGACAAUCCCGUAGCCCACUGUCCCCCAGGUCUGGAAUACCUGUUAACCGUCGACCAGUUACUGGUGCACCAGAAGAUUGAGCUACUCGAGAAUACCGACUGUUGUACGCGCCAAUUGUGUGGACCAAUCAGACCGUUUGAUUUGAAAAUACUGGACAAUAAUCGCCGGGAAGUCAUACACCUAUACCGGCCCUUACGGUGCGACGGCUGCUGCUGUUGGUGUUGUCUACAGCGCCUGGAUGUACUGUCCCCUUGCGGUGAAAUACUGGGUACUAUUCGCCAGGAAUGGAGUCUAUGUUUACCGAAAUUCCGCGUCGAGGACGCCAAUGGAGAGUGUGUGCUAAUGAUCAGG